AUCAACACCAGCCUCGUCACAAUCCUCAACCAUGUCGACCAAAACAUAUGACGCCUCCAAACUUCAAGUUUACGGCAGCGCAGCCGCCGGCCAUGAUGGCGUCCUCAGCGACGAAUCUGGCGCUGUGGUGGUGAAGCCAUGCACCGAAGCCGAAAUCAGCUUCUACGAAUCUGUGAAUGCCUCACACCCAGAUCUCGCCGUCCAUCUGCCCACCUUCAUGGGCCAGCUAUCCGUCUCCGCCGACCAGAGCACAACCGUCGACACCGGCGUGAUUGAAGCGGCUGAUGGUACCGUGCAACGACUUCACGGCAAGCAACUAGCAACAGAUCUGCAUAUCGUUUUGGCAAACAUCACACACGGCUUUAAGAAGCCAAACGUGCUGGAUCUAAAGCUCGGCGCGCAACUCUGGGAUGAGGCUGCGAAGCCAGAGAAGAGGGCGCGAUUGGAUGCAGUGAGCGAGAAGACGACAAGCUCCAGUCUGGGGUUUAGGAUUGCGGGAAUGCGGACGUGGAUAGGGGACAAUUCACCAGAUAUCCCCGCCGACCUGAAGGAGUUUGUAGAUUUCGACAAGGAGACCGGCUACCUGGUGUACAACAAGAUGUACGGUCGCAAAUUCAGCACUGAAGACAUCGACAAGGGCUUCUCCGAGUUCAUACUACCAGAGGCGAAUCUGGCAGAUGAUCAUGUAUACUUGGAUAGGGCGAGAGAAGUGCUCUCGUACUUUUUGGGUGAGGUCAAGGAUAUUCAGAAGGUCUUUGAGAGCAAGGAGAGCCGCAUGUACGGUGCGAGUAUCCUGUUAGUCUAUGAGGGCGACUUGGACGAGUACAACAAAACACGCACAACACUGGCAUCUAUGUCUUCAAAACAGGACGACGAGGGCGAUGACGAAGAUGAGGACGAAAAUUUGCCUAAGCUGGCAGCGGUCAAGAUGAUCGACUUUGCACAUGCGACAUGGCAUCCCGGGCAGGGGCCGGAUGAGAAUGCCAUACGGGGAAUGCGGAGUACGGUGAAGAUAUUGGACAAGUUUCUGAAUGAUUUGGAGAAGAAACAGGGCGCAAAAUAGAUAAUAGACGACCUGGCCAUAGUACUCUCUACGCUCGUACGGUAUGUAGGUGUAGAUAUCCCCAAGCCAUACACCUGCGUUCAUUGUUCGCCCACGUAAAGUUCUUCGAAAUCAC